UCUGAUCGUAUGUUUCCUGCCCAGCGAAACGUUCAUUUAUUUAAAAUCGUAUUUAAAUGAUCUGGGCUUAGUCUCAGAGGUAUCUUCACCCGAGAGAACACCACUGAAGCUGGAGAGCCGCACAUCAUGCACAUAAAUAUACAUUAUCCGCAAAUCAAGAAUGACUUACUACAAAGUAAGAAUUUGUUCCCUUGUUUUUUCCUUCAUUUUAUAUAAUGGCGGCCACAAAUCUAUACAGGCGAAUUAUUUUUGCAACCCAGGCUCGUUUGAAAUACUUGCAUCGCGUCUGCAGUACUGUUAUCAUGCACCCUGCACGUUUUGCGGCAGUCUCAAAGUGACACGUCCAGUAAGUGGCACUGUUUUUAUUGUUUUCAUUGCAUCGAUGUGCAUGCAUUGCCGUGUUUGCAUUACUGUCAUUACUUCAGAUACGUAUUUCAGGGCUUCAUAAUCCGAAGUGCGUCACUAAAAGUUAAUGCUCUACAUCAAACCUAACUCUAAACCUUCCCGAUAGCGUUACCAGAUGCAAAAGUGAUAUAGAAAUGGUUUUGUCGGUGAAGCUAUUUUAACUUCCUUAUGCGGAUUUGAGUUGUUUGAUGAACCCUAGUCGUACAGGGUUCGUCCGAAGCUCUUCGACAGAUUUCCUGUCAAGACAUGGUAUUUAAUGCGAAUGACCGACUUCCUCUUCCUGGCAGUACAAGUAAUACGAGACCACAGCAGAUCAGACUCCAUCCAUCUGCAAUGAAAUUUGGUCCCAUUCUCAUGUUCUUCGUGACAGAUCUAAUCUCCAGCACAGUAUGCAGAUCUGAAGACCAUGUGUUCGUACAGACGGGGGGCUCUGUUACACUGGACAUAAAAAAUAAACCACUGAUAAAUUUUAGAAGAUUACUUUGGAUGAAUGAUGAAUCAGAAUAUAUAGUCAGAUUCUUAAAUGAAUCUGGAGAUAUAACAUGUUAUGUAUAUAAGGACAGAGUGGAUUUCAAUAAUAAAACACUCUCUGUGACUCUGAAGAACAUGCAGAAGACAGACAGUGGACUCUACACAGCAACAGCAAUAGGAGAAAGAACAACAUCUGUUGCAGAACACAAUGUUUUAGUUAUAGAUCCAGUGGAUUCUCCUGUUCUGAAAACAAACUUCACCAUGAUAAGUGUUAACGUCUGUGUCGUGAACGUCUCAUGCAGUGGACCUGAUCAAACAAUCAGACACAGUUACCACAGCAACGACUGCACUCAAGAGGAAGUGACAUCAUCUGGAGUCCAGACUCUAGCCCUGUAUUGUAGAAAGAACAGAGUUGUCUGUAACUACAGCAAUCCAGUCAGCUGGAAGAAUCAAACUAUAGAGAUUAACCAACUUUGUACACCUUAUGAAAAAGAACAUCCAGAAGAAAACAACAGUCCUCUCUUCCUUUGGCUCUCGGUCAUCGCUGGUGUAUUUGUGCUGGUUUUCACAGUAGUUUCUCUAUUCUGCCGCUCUUACAAGAAGCGUAAAAAGGGUGCUGAACAGAAGGGUCAUAAAGGCUGUGGAGAAGUUGGUCUAAUAGAUAGAUCUUCUUCCUCUGGAACAGAUCAUACAAUUUAUUCAAUAGUGUAUUAUUCAACAGUGAUGGAAGACAACCUGUGCAUAAACAGCAAAUUAUGAAAAAUGGUGCGUUUGUCAAUAUAUAUCUUAAAAUUAUUUUAACUUAUUUGUAGCAUCCUAUGCUAGUAUGUAAGUUUAAGUCAUUCAUUAGUGAUAAUAUGACUGAUCAUUGUUUUGUUGAACUUUCCUUAAUAUCCUUAUACUGGUUUUUUUUUUGUUUAAUUAACUGUAUUCUGACUUUCUUGUGCACUUUUGUUUGCAGUGAAACAGCUCAUGAUAUUUAAGCAUGAGCAAAUAAAGGUGAAGUGCCAUGUCUCUCUCAUAGCCAUGAGAAACCUUUUUUAUUAAAAUUAUGUCCCUGUUUAAAUACAAGCCUUGUUUUUAUCUGCAUUUAAGAUAAGCUUUUUGGGAUCCCAUUAGUUAAAAUUAAAAAAAUUAUUUAACAUGAACUAAUAUUUUCCAUAUUAUGGAAGUUAAAGGGGACCAGCAGUUUUCUUGAAAAUAUCUUCUUGUGUUCAGCAGAAGAAAAAAAACUAUUUACAGGCUAUUUACACUAACUCCGCCCACCAACGUGUGCUUGGGAUAGUCAAUCAUUACAAAAGAUUGUUGAUUGAUGUAUAAUUUGUAUAAUGUAUCAUUUAUUUUCAGUAUAAAUUAAGAAAAGAAACUACUGGGUAGGGAUAAGGUAUGUGUAGGAAGGGCUU